AUGGAAUCACCGUUUCCGAAUUCAUCCGAACAGAUUGUUGCUUCAUCUCUUCUCCUUCUUUCCUUAUCAUCUUCAUCUUCUCCAUCAAGUGAGGAAAUCACAUCUAAUUAUGAAGCUGAUCGUUCCGAGAGCUUAUCUCUGAGUAAAUCGUUUUCGAAAUCGUCUGCUUCGUCUACUGUUAGUAGCGGUGAUGUUUCGUCGGAUGAAGUGUACGGACGUGGAAUUCGUAUGGUUGCUAACGCUAUUUAUCGUUCUGAACGUGAAUUGAAGCUCAAGGUCGUGAGAAAGAGCAGAUCAAGGACGUUAUGGAUAUCUGAUUGUCCUAAAAUGGCGAAAACUGUGGUUAGGUCCGGUGGUAGCUCAUCAGAGAUAACAGAAGGCUCGUCUACUGUAACAGGUGGAUCUAGCAGCAUGAUUUCCACCUCCACCUCAGAAGUUAGCUGUAAGCCGAGAAUAAUGAAUAGGAGGAAGAAUGCGUUGGUUCGGGAUGUGAAAAUGAAGAAGAAGAUGAAGUCGUAUUUGGAGUUGAACCCGCGUCAUCUGUUACACCGAUCUGAGGCCAUAUUGAACGUGCUGGCUCGUUCUGGAUUCGCUUCUGAAGUGAGGAUACGUGAGAUGCUUGGUGACAGUCCUGAUACUAGCAAAGCCUUGAGAAUAUUGUUGAAGAAAAAUGAGGUGAGAAGGUCAGGAGCUGGAGGGAGAACUGAUCCAUUCAUUUAUCAGAUAGCUGCAAAAUAG